CUAAAUAGGUUUUUCACUAAUUGCAUAGUUGUGUGGUGUAUGUCGAUGUAUUUAUGUUUUAAAAAUGGUGAAAAAAGUGCAGAAAUGGACACAUAAUAGAAUAUUUGAUAUUUCAAAUCAUGACCGAGGCAUAUGAAGAUGGCAACUAUUUGGUUCGUGUACGUGCACAAGUGAUGACGCGGGAUGAUAGUUCAGGGGGCUGGGUACCCCUGGGGGGCGGUGGACUAUCGAAUGUGUCCGUCCGCAAACGCGUCACAUCUGCAUCAACUGCCGCCCCCAAAAAUAACAAUAGUGGAAGUGAAAGAUCCUCAACAACUGCUGCUGUUUUUCAUCGAAAUGGUGGAGCCCCAACAAAACCGGGUAGUAGGCAUAGUUCAACAGAAGAAAAUGAUAAUAUUUCAAUAGGUAUGGGGCAUCCAGCUGUCACAAAGCACGAAUAUUUUAUUUUUGGGAAAAGAAUCAGUGAUCAAUCGAUAGUUUUAAGUUGUACAAUAAAGAAAGAUUUUGAAUAUAAUAAAGUAAUGCCUACGUUUCACCAUUGGAGAACAGAAGAUAAAAAAUUUGGUUUAACAUUUCAAACAGCAGCCGAUGCUCGAGCGUUCGAUAAAGGCGUAAGAACAGCUGUUGAGGAUUUGCUUGACGGUUUGGCGGGUACAUUUUCAUUGUGUAAAUACUCGGUAGAGAAAGAUUUAGGAGAUGAUGAUGUAUUUAUGACUUUAAAUUUGCCAAUAGAACCACCUGUAACAGACACCAGGAGUUCGAGUGAAGGUAGCGGAAGUAUAAGUCGACUUGCAUCCACACAACCCAUUGUCACAUUAUCUAGAGAUGUUUCUACCAUGGCACCUCAUCAUUUGCAUCGAAUACAUUACACACAUAGCAGAGAAAUGUCACCUCCUAGUAGUAAAGACUUAAAAGGUGAAACUUAUUCUUACGUUCAAUUAGCUGCUCCUCAUGAAUAUAUCUAUCCCGUUGUAGAAGAAUCAAAAUCCUCAACAUCAGUUCGAAGUCAAGACACAAGUUUAAAAAAGCGUACCGUUGAAAUAUUCCCACCACAAGUAUCAUCGUUAUCAUCAAAAUCAAAAUAUAAAAAACAAAGUAGUAAAAACGUACGAUCCCGUUGUCGAUAUUGUAACGAAUAUUUUUCAGAGGAUGACAAUCCAAAAGGCAGCUGUGAAUAUGCACCCGAUAGCAUAAAAAGUGGCAUUGAUAGAAUAUCGUGUAUGAAUUGUGCACAGUGUAUGGUAUACCAUUGUAUGUCGGAUGCAGAAGGUGAUUUUGCAACGCAACCAUGCGCGUGUAGCGCAUUAGAUCGAGGAUGUGUGACGCGAUGGAUUGGUGUAACAUUACUUAGUUUUUUUGUACCUUGUUUAUGGUUUUACCCACCAUUACGUGUUUGUCACAAAUGUGGUGUGUGUUGUGGUCUAUGCGGUGGUCAACAUAGUCCGCUGCAACAUGAGUGAAAAUUAUUCUUCACCGGUUGGCAUACCGGCAAACAAGAUUAUCUGAUAAAAUUGCAGCACGUACAGUUAACACGGCUAUUCAAUAAAUUAGCCAGAGAUGUAUGAGUAUACAUAAUUGUGAUUGCUUGUAUAUAUUUUAAAUAAAGAAAACUGUGUAAUUUUGUGAAUACUUUACUUAUAUUAUGAUCAAAACAUUCAAUUACAAAUCUAUGUGAGUUAGUAUGAAGAUUGGUGAUUAGGACAAAAAUUUCAUCAAAAUUUAUUUCAUUAUUUAUCAGUGAAUUGUUCUAUUAUAAUUUAAAUCAAUUCAAUUUGAAGUAAUAAAGAAACAAAACAAAAAAUAUCACGAAUAUAUGAAAAUUAACAAAUGUUCUUAAUAUUUGCAAACAAACUUUAUAAAUGGCAAUAGCG